AUGCUCCGCGUACGCACACCCGUCUUGAAUCGAUAUUCCAUCGACGAGCUUACACCAGCGAUUAAGCAUAACUUGACGGAAGAGCAACCUCGAAAGCUCUCGUUCCUUUUACCCCUUUUCAAGAUUCGGGACAUCUCUAUUAUGGAUGGUGAUGGAGAGAAAUUACGGAUGCACCGCGUUUUCCGGGCCGACCGCGGACUCCGCGGCGAACACGGCUCCCGCAUCUAUACCCUUCAGGAGGAUAUAAAAUCGAAAACGUGGCACUACAAUGGCAUUACGACGCACGAAAAAGAGCUCUAUCCACGCCCCGAACUUAGGAACCGACGCAAUGGCCGCAUCCACGAGACCAAGUCCAAAGCGAAAGCAGUCGAGAAACCGCACUUUGAGUUUGGCGGCCCAGUUGGAGUCUCAGCACUCAUGAUCGGUUUCCCUCUCAUCAUGUACUACAUGUACAUUGGCGCAACCUUCUACGAUGGAAAACUGCCUCUUCCUGAGCCCGACCAGUCGAUCCCCCAGUUCCUCGGCCGUCUUUUCGAUUUGGUCUACACCCACGCAUACCCACACAAGAAAGCCUGGAUUAUCUACUGGUCCUUUCUCAUCUUUGAGGGCUUUGCAUACCUCUAUUUUCCCGGCGUCUACCGCGUUGGCAAGCCGCUUCCUCACCUGAAUGGCUAUCAGCUCCCCUACUAUUGCUCCGCGGCUUGGAGUUGGUUUACCACGAUUGCGCUUGCACUCGGAUUACACUUCAGCGGUCUGUUUCGCCUUGACACCCUCAUCACGGAAUUCGGUUCGAUCAUGUCCGUCGCGAUUGCAUCAGGGUACAUCGUUUCAAUCAUCGCGUACGUAUCUGCUCUAGCGAGAGGCGCUCAACACCGGAUGACAGGAUCUCACAUCUACGACUUCUUCAUGGGCGCCGAACUCAAUCCGAGACUCUUCAAAUGGAUCGACAUGAAGAUGUUCUUCGAGGUGCGGAUUCCCUGGUUCAUCCUCUUCCUGUUGACGCUCGCGACGGCGUUGAAACAAUUCGAAGAGCUGGGAUAUGUCUCAGGCGAGGUAUGCUUCCUGCUGAUGGCUCACUUCCUGUACACCAAUGCUUGCGCGAAAGGAGAGGACCUGAUCAUCCCAAGCUGGGACAUGUACUACGAGAAAUGGGGCUUCAUGCUUAUCUUCUGGAACCUCGCCGGCGUCCCCAUGAGCUACUGCCACUGCACCCUCUACCUAGCAAACCACGACCCCUCGCGCUACCGCUGGAACCCAAUCAUCCUAGCCAUCUGGGCCGCCCUAUACCUCUUCUUCUACUGGAUCUGGGACACAACUAACAGCCAGAAGAACGUCUUCCGCGCUGAAGAGCGCGGCGCAAGCGUCGACCGCAAGUCCUUCCCGCAGCUCCCCUGGCGCAGCAUCAAAAACCCGAAGACCAUCAAGACGCCUGAUGGAGGCUUGAUCCUUUGCGAUGGGUGGUACGGCAUCGCGCGCAAAAUCCACUACACAUGCGACUGGUUCUUCGCGAUCUCAUGGGGUCUGAUCACGGGCUUCGACUCGCCGUUCCCAUGGUUCUACUCCGUGUUCUUCAGCGUUAUGAUUGUGCAUCGCGCGCGGAGGGAUAUACAGCGCUGUCGCGAGCGGUAUGGCGAUGCUUGGAUCGAGUAUGAGAAGCGUGUGCCGUGGUUGUUUGUUCCGUAUGUCUUCUAG